AUGGGCCUAGCCACAGCGAAGACACUCCUCUCCAGAGGUGCCAUGGUUGCUCUCUGCGAUCUCAAUCAGGACAGUUUGGAACAGGUUGUCGACGAGCUAGACGCUGAUUGCAGAAAGAGAAGCUUUGCGCGGCGUGUGGACCUGAAUGACCGAGCGGCCUUGAAGGCCUUUCUGGAGGAUUCAAAAGCCCAUUUCGGGAAACUGGACGGGAUCGCGAAUUUUGCAGGAACUGCAGGACGUCAUCUGGGCACGGAGGCAGUCUGGGAAACAAGCGACGACGAGUUUGAUUUCAUCAUGAAGGUGAACGUCACGGGCAUGUUCUACGUACUAUCGGAAGCCUUGAAACCUGGGUUUAUGUCGCUGGGUGGCAGCAUCGUUCAGAUUGGCAGUAUUUUCUCGAUGCAGGGUUUCAACAAGGGCGCUGUUUACGCCACCUCGAAGCACGCCGCGUUGGGAAUGGUGCGAAGUGCGGCCAAGGAGGCGGGCGGAAGAGUCAGAGUCAACUGUGUUCUGCCGGGGGCUGUUGAUACGCCUAUGCAUCGAGCGAACCUGGCUCGUGUUCCAGACUUUCCCGCUAUAAGCACUCCUAUUCCGCGCGCUGGAGAGGCGCAAGAGGUUGCUAACGUGACUGUGUUCCUUCUAAGCGACGAGAGCAGCUUCGUAACUGGAGCUGCGUGGAGCGUAGAUGGCGGUGCAAAUGCGUAG